AUGCAAAUUCUCCUUCUCGACGGUGGUCUGGGAACGGCCCUGGAAGCCUCGCCGUAUCACUUCACCUUCACGUCCGACACACCUUUGUGGUCCGCUCAUUUGUUGGUCGCCGAUCCAGCAACUUUGCGUGCUGUCCAUGCUUCAUUCGUCGCUGCUGGUGCUGAUAUCAUACUCACGGCGACCUACCAGACCAGUUUUGAGGGUUUCGCGAGAACACCGCCUGGAUAUGGCCCCGACGAUGCAGCACGAUAUAUGCGGUCUGCGGUGACAUUGGCCCGAGAUGCAAGCGGAAAACGGCCAGUUCACAUUGCGUUGUCCCUGGGACCUUACGGUGCCACCAUGUCUCCCAUCGCUGCCGAAUAUUCCGGCCUCUACCCCGACGCGAUGAACUCCGAGGCCGUCCUGCGUGACUGGCACGCACGGCGACUCAGAAUAUUCACAGACGACGAAGAUUCGUGGAACAACGUGCAGUACGUGGCAUUCGAGACCCUGCGACGAGCCGACGAAGUUCGUGCAGUCCGUGGCGCCAUGGCGGAUGUUGCUGGGAGCAUACCGGCGGAGAAACAAAAGCCCUGGUGGAUCACGGGCGUGUUUCCUGCCGAUGAGCCAGACGAGGAUGAUAUACGGAGCUGGGUGCGUGCAGCUGUUGGCGGUGUGGAAGAGGGUCUCCCUCGCCCUUGGGGGAUCGGGAUAAACUGCACCCGACUUGAUCACAUCCGGCGCAUUGUGUCGGUCAUGCAGCUAGAACUAGCCCAGAUGGCAACUGCCGGUGGGGCAUUCGUCGAUCAGUGGCAUUCUCGAUCGGGGCGACCUUGGCUCGUGUUGUACCCCGAUGGCACGCAAGGGGAGCGGUACGACCCUGCUACGAAAGCCUGGAUAGCUCCCAGCUCGGAGUCCGACAAGAAAAGUGUCGCACGACCCUGGAGUGAGCAGUUCGGAGAUGUCGCACACGACUUGAUGGAUACACACUGGGAAGGCUUGAUUAUUGGUGGGUGUUGUCGGACGGGGCCGCGGCAGAUCGAAGGAUUGAGAGCAGUUGUUGAUGGCAGACUGGCUGGGAAACUCCAGACUUGA